AAUGAAACUGGAAUAUAAUUUUUACGUUGAUAUUAUUAAUAUUCCCAGCCUCCGUCUAUAUGACUUAAAUACACAUUUAGAGAAAAAAUGGGACAUAAGUGAACCUAAAUAUUUUAAAGGGGAUAAGCUGUUUAUAAACACAUUCGCCGAUCAUAUCAAUGAAGCUCAAAAGUAUAAUGACGAAUUCUUGAGAAACUGGAAGAAUGAAAACAGAUCAACAUUAAGAGUUAUAGAGAAAGUAUCAGAAGUAUACUCCAGAAUUUUAGACAGCAAUCAACUGCAAUAUUUUAUUGAAAAUAUUGAUAAUAUACGGUCGAAAUUCCCGAAUAAAAUGUUUGAGAUGUGCUAUUCAGUAUUAGAGGAAGAUUUUAGCACUUUAGCGGAGUUGUGUGACAAGAACCCUAGGAUUCCGUUUGGGGUUCGGCUAAUGCCUCUAUGUAAUGUUGAACACUUGUUCUCAUCGCAGAUGAUUGAAGGAGAUAGGGAAUUAUUAACCUUCAUAAAGUUUAAAUAUGGAGCAUAA